AUGGUAAACACAUAUCACUGGACAACGAUUACCCCCCUCUCAUCCUUAAGAAACGAAAAGGAAUACGCAGAAGUACGCAAGAUUUUGAAGGCAAAGCAGAUACCAUUUCAAACCCUCUACCCAGCGCGACUAAAGGUGAAGUUCACGGAUGGAGAAAUAACCUACGCCUCUUCAUCAGAAGCGACUGAGGAUAUGUCCCGGAGAGGCUACGCUGUCAAGAUCAUCAAACCUCCCGAAACAAUCCUGGAGCAACUGAAGCAGUUGACCUGGACCAGAGUGACCAGAGGAGGAGGUAGCAGUGCAGCGCAACCGGGACAAGAACCAGGCUAUAAGAAAAAGCUCCGUACCUUCAGGAGAACGGUAGCCACCACUUCAGGGACUUGA